AUAGGCCAACUAAUACGAAUUUACUCUGUGAAGCCAACUAAACAGUACUAAAUAUUUUUAUUUAGUAGUUGAAAAUGGAUAAUAAUAUGAGCUUAAAAGAAAUACAAACUAAAUUGUUACUUUGGGAAGGUUCAGACAAUGCUUUAGCACCACUUACUUCUGAGCAAAGAGAAGCUAUACUUGAUUUAGAAGCACUUAUACUCGGUGGAACAAAUGACACCGACGAAGAAAAACCUCAGACUAAAGUGGAUAAUGAUAUAAUAAAAGAUAUAGUUCCCUCGGUGGACACAACAUAUGACUUUCUGGAAUGGUACGAGAGCCUAUAUGAAAGUACUGUAAAGGCUGAUGAUAAACCAUAUGAAACAUAUUAUAAACAGUUGGAAGAAAGGAAAAAUGAAUGCAUUUCUUUAACUGAUCAGAUAGAUGCAACAAUGGCAGAUUUGAAAAAACUAUCUGAACAAUAUGAGUUAGUCUCAAACAAAACAAAUGCAUUACACACAAUGAGUGAACAACUGUUGGCUGAUCAAAAUAAAUUAUCCAGCAUUGGGGAGGACAUAAAAAAUAAGCUACAUUAUUUCACCCAAGUGGAACAUUUGUCUCAGAGACUGAGCAGCCCAACAUUGUCUGUGAAUAGUGAAACAUUCUUUAUUGUUCUUGCCAAGAUUGAUGAAUGCUUGGAUUAUAUGAGGAAUAAUAACUCCUUCAAGGAAUCACAUACCUACAUAGUUAAGUACAGGCAUCUCCAGAACCGUGCGAUAUCACUCAUCCGAUCCUACGUUAAUCAUGUGCUGAAUCAUGCUACGGAACAAGUACUAGCUCCCGCAGACGAGGACCAGACGGACCAAGAGACCAUUGACACGGCAUAUGCAGUUUACUUUGGGAAGUUUCAAGCUGCUGCACCCAAGUUGAAGUUGGUCAUAAGCGAAAUCGAAAAAAGGGCUGAAGUUAAUGCUGAAUACUUGGCGGUGUUAUCGGAGAUUCAGCGCGCGUACAGCAGCGAACGCGCGCGCGUGGCGGGUGGAGCUGCGGCCGCGGCGCUGGCGGCGGCUGCCCGCGCGCACGUGCGCGACCACUGCGGGCUGGCGCGCGCCGCGUGCUCGCUGCUCGCGCACGCGUGCCGGGACGAGUGCGCGCUCUACGAUCACUUCUUCCGACAGCCCUCGCCCGCGCUCGAAGAGUAUCUACAAUCGCUGUGUAACGGACUGUACGAGACGCUACGACCGCAUAUCAUACACAUUAACCACUUGGAAACACUCGCUGAACUGUGCGUUAUAUUGCGAGUGGAAGUUAUCGAAGAGCAAGUCAAUAGUGAUCAGCGCGGAUCACUUCGCGCACUGGGAGCGGCGGCGCGGGCACUAUUACAGGACGCACAAGAACGGCUCGUGUUUCGUGCACACGUGCAUCUACGCACCGACGUACUGCACUACCGGCCCGCACCUGGGGACCUCGCCUACCCCGACAAGCUCGAGAUGAUGGAGCAAAUCGCCAUGUCUCUCCAAGAUCAAAGUCUUAAGCGCAGCGAUUCUCGCAACUCUAUGACAUCUGAUAUUUCUGCGACCUCCCAAGAAGUCGCUAAUAUAAAUGUCGAUGCCCAGCGCAGGCCCCAAGCCUCGCCAGCAGACCUUCACGGCAUGUGGUAUCCAGCAGUGAGAAGAACAUUAGCAGCACUUUCUAGACUAUACAGAUGUCUCGAAAAGAAAGUAUUCCAAGGACUUGCUCAGGAGGCGAUUUCACUCUGCGUACAAAGUAUUAACAACGCUGCGCAGCAAAUCUCUGCAACCAGAACUAACAUUGACGGGGAGUUAUUCCAAAUAAAACAUUUAUUAAUAUUGAGAGAACAAAUAGCACCAUUCCAAGUGGAUUUCGUAAUUAAAGAGACUGUGUUAGAUUUUAGCAAUGUUAAAAAUGCAGCAUAUGGAUUGAUACAGAAGCCUAAACAAAUAUUUUCGUUGAAUAGCAAUAACGCAUUACUAGAAUUUCUAUUAGAAGGUACUCCAAUGGUGAAGGAGCACCUCUUGGACUCUAGAAAGGAGGUUGAUAGACAGUUGAAGGCUUGCUGCGAAUUAUUUAUUAAAGAUGCCACGGAAAUAUUAGCAGGAUCAUUGAUCACAUAUAUUGAAAAGGCUCAAGUAUUCACUCCAAUUGAACAGUUAAAAUCACAACCAUGGGCGACGCCGGAAGAAACUGCAACAGUCGUGAAGGAAGCCCAAAAAAGGAUCAAGACGCACCUCGCUCCUUUACAACGCUCUAUGCAACUGUAUUUAGCUAAUAAGGAAACAGAAUGUAUUCUGUUUAGGCCUAUAAGGAAUAAUGUUGUUGGCUACUUCGUGCAGAUCGAGCAAACUCUGACUAACGCAGGCUACAGUUAUGAAGACACCCUCAUAGUUGCCUGCCCAACCCACGAGCAAGUUUCUGUCUUCAUAUCUUCUGCCAGUUUGAUUAGUCACAGUGAGCCAGUAUUGCCAUUCGGCAAAAAGAGGAAAACCAGUACAGUGCGCAAGCCGAGUGUUGCCAUGGUGCAGGAGAAGGAAGAAAAACCUGCAACUGCAACUGCAACAGCGCAGUUGCAGGUUAGCACUAGUUCUGUUGCUAAUGUGUAAAAUUUCCAAAUGCAAAAUAUCUUUAAUAAAAAUUACGUUACAGCACUAUGUUCUGCAAAUAAAUUGUUUAUUUAUUAUUUAUUUAAGUUCAAUUGUACUACAGAUUUUUUUUUAUUAAAUAUUUAUAUUACAUGUUAGUAAUUGUGAAUUUAUUUAUUUUAUAAUGACUUCAAUAAAAAACAUUAUUUUUAUAUAAUUUAGAUAACCCAAUAAAUUGAUGCUCUAUCUGAUGGGAUGUAAGGAGUAAUAUUUUUAAAAGAAUCAAUAUUAUUUUGGUGACAGUAGCCAACCAGUAUUAUUAGGCGGGUUGCAUGUCAGUGUCGGCGUUACAUAAUAAUUUGUACUAAACAAGGAAAAAUUAUUGAUAACUGUAGUUUACCUCCAUUGAAAUAUAUUUUCUAGGAAUUUGGCUUGAAUGAUAUAAAGAUUCUGGAAAAUAAUUUGGUUGAAAAAACCAAAGAAUA